CCCAAGCACGCUGUACUGGCAAAGAAUCACCCAGGUCAUGAUGCCUUGGGAGUAGGCUUUGAAACCAUCCAGGAAACUGCUGGCGCUGAACUUUUGAAAAUAGAAGACUCGAUCCCUGAGCAGAUAACUGGUUACAGUAAGGAAGAUUUUAGUGACGUGGAUUCUGCUAUGGUUUCAGGAGACAAUGUGCAGCAGUUAUCCAUAAACAUUAAAGAAGAGGAAAAGAAGUUAAUCAAUUUUAAAGAGGAGGUGUGUGAGGUGGAACUUUCUUCCAUUAUUAAAAUGCACGAGCCUGCCGAGGUGUGUCAAGCUGAGGCUACGUGUACUGUUCAUAAAGUCAAAGAGACUAUAGUGGGGACUGUGGGAAGCAGUCCAUCCUCCAUGCAGAAUGAAUCAUCUGCAGUGAAAGACACGUUUGGAAAAAUUGAAAGAGAAAAUACGGAAAGGGUGCAUCAGUGCCAUGAUGCAGAAGAGCUGCCCAACUAUGAAAAAUGUUCAAAGUCUUUCAGUGAAUUAUACCACCAUCAGAUAAUUAAUUCAGGAGACAGGCCUUACCAAUGUACCGAAUGUGAAAGGUCCUUCAGCUGGCCAGCAAACCUUAAACAACAUCAGAGGGUUCAUUCUGGAGAAAAACCAUACCAGUGCACUAAAUGUGGAAAGACUUUCUCUCAAAAAGUAGGCCUUCAGCGUCACCAGAGGACUCACACAGGAGUAAAGCCAUACGAGUGUACCGAGUGUGGGACAACUUUCACCCAGAAUGAAAGCCUCAAACGUCAUCAGAGAAUCCAUACGGGUGAUAAACCCUAUAAAUGUGCUGAAUGUGGUAAGGCGUUCAGUUGGGCUGAAAAUCUAAAGGAGCAUCAGAGAAUUCAUACAAGAGAAAAAACGUACCAGUGCACUGAAUGUGGAAAGAAUUUCUGCCAGAAUGCAGGUCUUAAAAAUCACCAGAAGAUCCAUACGGGGCUCAAGCCGUACCAGUGCAUUGAAUGUGGGAAGACUUUCAAAAAGUGUGCACACUAUAAAUGUCACCAGAGAAUUCACACAGGAGAAAAGCCGUACCAGUGUGUCGAAUGUGGAAAAAACUUCAAUCGCGCUGAAAACCUUAGACAGCAUCAGAGAAUUCACACUGGAGAAAAGCCAUACCAGUGCACCAAAUGCAGAAAGAGUUUCAGUUGGGCUGUAAACCUUAGACAACACCAGAGAAUUCACACCGGCGAAAAAACCUAUGGAUGUACGGAAUGUGGAAAGACUUUCAGCCAGAAUGCCGGCCUUAAACACCACCAGCGAAUUCAUACAGGUGAAAAACCGUACCAGUGUGCUGAAUGUGGAAAGAGUUUCAGCCAGAAUGCUGGUUUGAGAUAUCACCAGAAAAUUCAUUUGGGAGAAGAGGAAGGCCAUAAGGCAGAAGAAAGGUGAGGGUAAAAAAUGGGUUUCAGAAACUCAGCGACAAAAUGGCUGACAUUUAUUUGCACAGUCCCAGCUAGCCUUGGCCGUAUUAAAAUUACUGAUCCUGUAAUGUUAAAAUGAAUAUUCUGUGCUGGGCUAACCUGUAUUCAAUCGACACAAAACCUGUUCAAGGUGGAACUACUGAUACAGUAUACAAAAUUUGCAAGAGGAAACCUGUUAUUGAACAAAAACACAAAGUUGACUGGUCUGGACAACUGCCCUUGGUUGAGUUAUUGUAGUAAGAAGAUCUUCAGUUUAUUGUUAGACUGGGCUGACACCACAAUGGAAGAGAAGAACUGGUACAAGCAAGCAGAACAUCAGCAGGUGAAGAUGAUAAUAGUUUACAGCUCCUUUAUUGAAAAAAAAUUCAGUAGUUCCAAACGAGAAGAUAAGAGUUAAAUUCAAGAGAUGGUUAAGAUCUUUGAAUGACAAAAGUUUAAUCAAGAACAAAUGGCCGAAAAAAGUGAGCAGAUCCAGACAGAAUGGAAGACACAGGUCAUUCUGAAGAUGAGAGACCUUAUAUGGUACAAAAUGUAUAAAGACGUAGAGGCAGGGAGGAGAUGAUCAUCACUGAAAGUAGGGUCCGCUCAAAAUAACAAGCAUGGUAAAACACACCAGAAAAAUCAUCAUUUCCCUGGAGUACACUGGGACUGUGUUGUUAUUAAUGAAAUGAAAACACAGUAAUCAGUCAACCAACAUAUUUUUUCAUCCCUCAGAAUCCCUCCUAAAACGUCGACGGGUUUGUGUCCAUGGACAAAGACAAUAGAUAUUCACAUGAUAUUAGUUUUCUCAAAAAUAAAACAAUAAAAUUAAUCAAAAUAUGGAACUCCACCAGCAUUUAAUUCCGUCCCUUUGAUUAGUUAUUGAACUUGCAUCCCUCCAAAAGUUUACAUCAGAGCAGACUACUGAUUGACAUAAAGUGUCCAUUCUGAACUUCGUUUUCAAAUAAAAAAGCUUUGUUAUAUGUGAUUGAAUGCAAACUACUCAGCAUAGUUCAUCAUCUGCUUUAGCACCAAAACAAGCCGUACUUUUAAUUUGUACUUUUGGACCACUACAUUUUAUGGCUUACAUAUAUGGCUGUUCUUAAAAGUAAUUAUCAUUUUUUUUUAAUAUACUUCAAGGACAUUGGUGUUGCAACUGUCAUGAUGGGGUUUCCUAUUUAAUUUUGUCUGUUUUGUUAUGUCUCUUUUUCUGAAUUUCCCAUUAGGGCUUUUGAACACCACAGAACACAUUUCUAUACUUGAAUUUCAUGUGAGGUUAAUAUUUGGCAAUAUUUAA